AUGGCUCCCCCCCGCCAGCGCCCUGCACCCGCUACAGCUGCUGCUGCUGCUGCUACGUCUGCUGCUGCCAAUGCUGUAAUCCCAGAUGACUCCCGGUCAGAAGCGUCCAGCACCCGUGAACGCCAGGGCACCACCAAGGGCCGCAAACCCGCCGCAACCUCUUCGGCCGCUGCAAACACCACCGUUGCGGGAAUGAAUGCAGCUUUGAAAGAAGGCAAAUCCCCUGCUGCAGAUCAACGCAUGGACGAGAGUGGCAGCGUUGAGUCUCAGGCCUCCAUAAAUUGGUCCACUAUGCCUCUGUCUGUCCUUCACGAAUACCGCUACGCCUACAACCUAUCCUGCCCAAGCGCGUUCUCAUCACAGAUAAACUCCAUCCUCCUCUCGCAGGGUGCCGGUCUGCGAUCUGCAACCGCCAUUUCCAUCCGACGCAGACAAUUGCUCCAGCAGCAGGCAUCGGACAGACAACAUCAGGACAUGCAGGUUGACACUGACAUGGACAUCAGCUCGAGACAGGAAGGUCCAACUAUGCGGUCGGAUAAUGUACUUCAUCGCCUCUCUGCCCCGGCACAGGGACGAGUGUCUAAGGCACAACUUGCCUCGGCAGUGCGGAAACAUUUUAAUAACACGGCUAUAUCAGAGCAGGAUGCCAUCGCUCGGUUUCUGUAUAAAGUCAACGAGGAGAGGAGAGGGAAGGAGUUUCGGCUUAGAUUUCAGCCGUAG